UAUUUAGGUGAACUGUCCCUUUAAUCUUACAUUGGUUGUGUUUUUCUUUUUUGGAUUAAAGUCAAGGAAACGUGAGAUCGUAAGAGAUCAAAGAUCCAAAGCCACAAUCUCCACUGAAUGAAGCUCUAAUGUCAUUUCCUGUUGCUUUUAGUCUGGCUUUGUCUCACACACACUGACUCAGACCUACACGCCCCCUCCAGCGUAACUCCUGCCCCUCUGUGUGUGUGUGUGUGUGUGUCCAUGUUCAUGGAGGUGCUCAGUGCUGCUCUCUCGCCGGAGAGAAAGCCGUGAAUCAGGAGACACGAGCUGAAGGAAGAAAGCCAGGAGGUCACAUGAGACUCUUGAGGAGUUUGAGGAGCGUCGUUGAGUUUUGUUUCACGGCUCGAGCGUCUGUGAACACACGUGAGCACAGGUAGACGCUGACCGGAGGACAGACAGAAAGAGAAAACAGCAGAUUUCCAUCAUGUGUUCUCCCAAAGAAACUCAUGCAGGAGCCGGUUUCUAGGCAUCCAUCGUUCCCCUCUCCCCCAUCAGUGCCUCAUGACCCCAACGUGGUGGGAGACAGCGCCCCUCCGGACGGGACCCCGUCUCUGACCUCAGACUCUGCGCCAGGGAGGUCGACGCGAGGACGGAGUUCUGGUCCGUUUCUAGAAGAGACGGAUCAGUCUGGAGAACGUGAUCCGAACCCAACCAUCUCCACCGUGAUCCGACCAGCCAUGGCCCUCAUCAGCAGCAUGCUGACGGCCUACACCUACAUCACAGAGCACCCGGAGCGGUGUGCGCUGUAUUUCAUGUGUGGCAUCUGUGGGGGUCUGUUCCUCACACUCUUCUCACUGGUGGUUCAGAUUUCCUGUCGUACGGACUGUAAGCCUCGUCAAGCCGUCGCUAAGAAGCCUCCUAGCUCCGAGGACCCUGACAGCAACACCUCUGACUCUGAUUCAGACUGGGACACGAGCUCGGACCUCUCGGCUCGACGGCAGCGACGCUUUGCGCGCACGCUCAACACAAACGUCUUCAUGUCAGCGGAGGAGCUGGAGCGAGCACAGAGACUGGAGGAGAGAGAGCGCAUCAUACGGGAAAUCUGGAUGAACGGACAGCCGGACGUCCCAGGAACCCGCAGCCUGAAUCGCUACUACUAGAGCACCGUCUCUGAUCGAGGUCAUCCAGACGGGAAGCUACUAACAGAGUCAUCACCCAGUGUGUGUUUUGCAGUGGAAAUAAGCUCUUCGUUCAGGCACAGAUUAUCUGUAAGCUUCAAUACGCAGAGGUGAAAGGUCAAAUGCUGCGACAAGUUGGAUUUGGGAGUAUUCUUUCUUGAUGUCUUGAAGUUGGAGAUUAAUUUUCCUUACUGAAGCUAAGGCUCAUGGGAGAUGUUGUUCAGCUGAAAGCUGGCUCUACGAGUCUAUAGGCAGCUCUGAGAGGUGUGAUAAGCUCUAAGCACUCUGAUUGGUUCUUCACUCCGCCUGUCAAACAGUGAGGACCGCCUUCUGUAGGAAGAGACCUGUGCAAAUGAAGUGCCUUCCAGUUUGAUCUGACAUAUACAGUACACAUAUACAGUACAGUGGGUCUUAAAAUAUCCCAAUGUGAAUGCAUUAGGAAGCAAAUAUAACAAAUCAAGCUGCAAAUGAUGCUGGAGCUUCACUUUUCUGCAUCGUUUCAAAGUGGCACAAUGCAUUUUUUGAUUUCACUUUACAAUAAGGUUCCUUUUAUACGAGAACUGACAAUGAAAAAUAUUUCUAAAGCAUUUAUUAAUCUCAGUUAAUGUUCAUUUGAGUUUUAACAUACAUUUUCAUUUAAGUUCUAUCUGUUUAUUAAUGGUAGCUGAGGUAUGGAAGCCCAUUUCCACCACUGGCCAAAAAAAAGUUACUAGCACUGAUCUGUAAUAGAGAAUUUAUCAUUAUUUUGAUCAGUGGGUAAUCUUAUUUUUGUUUUUUCUUUCAGUUUUGAUUUAUUUCACAUUUCUGACUUCCCUUCUCAGAAUUGUGAGAUUAUAUCUCAAAAGUCUUACUGUAUAUUUCACAGUUCUCACAGAAUUGUGAGAUUAAAUUUGCAAUUACCUUUUUUUUUCUGUGAUGGAAACAAGCUUCCAUAAACAUGAACAUAACUAAAGUUAACAAAGAUAAUAAAUACUGUAACAAAUGUAUUGCACAUUGUUAGUUAAUGCAUUAAUGGGACCUUUUUGUAAAAUGUUACCAAUUGUUUAACACUAGGUCAUUUCAUUAUCAUCAUUUAAAACUUAACAGGCUUCUUUUCUUUGAAAAAAAAUAAAUAAAUAAAAAUAAUGCAGCUUGGUAUUUUAUUAUCAAAUGCAAUGACAUACAUGCAUUUUUAAGGGUGACUUAUGCUUCCAAAUAUUUUGGGAUAUUUUAUAUACAUAUAUGCUGUAAAAUCAUUUCAGCCUUUAUGAAAUCUAUUUUGAUAUUUAAAUAAUUUUGAUACCACUAUUUUUUGGAUGAAAUAUUUUUUUAUACUGUGGCAAAGCUUGCCUGAUUGCUCAGGGAUGCAAUCCAAGUGUUCUGUGUAUAAUCUUAUAUUCUUUAAGUGGAUGAGAGACACAUUCAGACAUUCUUGCAUACAAUAGAUGCAACUUUGACCUCAAAGAGGUUCUUAUAGGAUCAUGAUGGACAUCAGCGUUGUGCCUUAAACACAAGACACGUCUGUCAACAGAGUUCAUCACUCAAUGACUUUAAGCAGUGCGUUCUGAUUACUAACUCUGGUCAAUGUGUUUCAGUUUCUGUUACAUGAUAUUGAGGGCUUAGAACUAGUGUUGAUGAUACAAAACCAUAAAUAACUCACUUUAUAUAACUAAUCGUGGCUAUAAUGAGUGUGAAGCACUUUGGGGGCCAAGUUAAUGGAAUUAUUUGAAGAAGAAAAUGGCCGAAAUUAGUCACCUUUAAUAGAAAUGUCCAUUAAAACAUUUAAGACAUUUAAUGACAUAUUUUUAAAAAUUUCAGAAAAUGUAUUGAUCUAUUAAUAUCCAUUAACAUUCUUACAAAUUUUUAAGCAAUACCUAAAAGUAGAGGUCUCUAAAUAGUAUUUUAAAAAUAUGCAAAAUUUAAUAUAAUACUAUUUUGGAAAGUAGUUUAUCAUGUAGUUCCCUACCUCUAUAUGAAACCUUUAUUUUUAAGAGCCCAUUGCCACACUGAGAUCCUUUAAUAUGUGAUAAGGUUUUUUUUUUUUUUUUUUAAACAUUGUAAUGCGUAUGUGGAUGUUUGUUUUUGAGCUCUUCAAUAUUGUAAAGCAGCUGGAUGUUUGUGUUGUAAGCACUCUCUCAGACUUGUUUUGUUUUCCAGUAAUAUUUCAGCAUGGUUUUAUAGGAAUAUCAGCUCGUGUACAGAGCAGCAGGACCUGUGGGAGGUUUUGUUUUGGUUGUUAUGGAGCAUUAAAUAAACUGCA